AUGGACUCCGCAGUAAGCUCUGAUUAUUGCAGGAAAAGGGAGUUAAAAGCUUUUGAUGACACAAAAGCUGGUGUUAAAGGACUUGUUGAUGCUGGAAUUGCCCAAGUCCCUCGCAUUUUCCAUUGUCAGUCUGAUGACUUGAACAAAAUUUCACAUUCUCAUGCUGAUUUUCCUGUAAUAGACCUUGGAGGCAUUGAUCAAGGUUCAGCUUUUCGCAAGGAGAUUGUUGACAAAGUACGAAAUGCGUCUGAGACUUGGGGAUUCUUUGAAGUGGUGAAUCAUGGGAUUCCUGUGGAUGGAGCACGUAGUGAUACGGGAAUUGAAGGAGAUGAUCAAACAACUGAUCCUACAGCAGGGAAUCCACCAACCCGCCGUUGCCGCACACCCCCAAUCAGUCGCCAAUCCUGUGGCCGUCAAUCCUGUGGCCACCAUUCCUAUGGCCGCUAA